CUGGAAUUAGCCCCUCUCUGGGGAAGGGGCUGCUGGUCGCUCCCCAGGCUGAGCGUGAGCGGGACAACGGACCUGCCCAGAGCCGGAGGCAGAUGCCCCACGGGGCUGGUGGCAGCCCUGUGGACAACAAGCAGACGCUGAACGUGCAGCACCACCACCCGACCCGGCUCUACGCUAACAGCAGCUCCGAGUCAGCUCUGCCGGGCCAGCUGAGCGGGCUCCACAUCGCUCCUGCCCAGAGCCUCGACCCCUUGAAGUCUCUCUCGCGGAACAGAAAUGGGAUCGACAUGGAGUCAGAUGUCUACAAGAUGCUUCAGGAUUAUGAAAAGCCCGUGUCGGAGCCGAAGCAGUCUGGAUCCUUCCGAUACCUGCAGGGCAUGUUGGAGGCUGGUGAGAACGGGGAAAAACUCGACAAACUGAGCAACCCCCGAAACAUCAAGUCCCCGGUGUCAAAGCUUGGCGGUGCCAUGUCCGGGCUGCAGAUGCUCCCGGAGUGCACCCGCUGCGGGAACGGCAUCGUGGGCACGAUCGUCAAAGCUCGGGACAAGCUCUACCACCCCGAGUGCUUCAUGUGCGAUGACUGCGGCCUCAACCUGAAGCAGAGGGGGUAUUUCUUCAUCGAGGAGCAGCUGUACUGCGAGACGCACGCGAAGGAGAGGGUUAAGCCCCCCGAGGGAUAUGACGUGGUGGCUGUUUAUCCAAACGCUAAAGUCGAACUUGUCUAA